CUCGGAGCACCUCCAAUGCCUCAUGAGUACCCAGGCUCCCGAGGACAGGAUGCCCCCUACUUAGACCUGGCCCCCUACAUGCCUGAUUACUAUAAACCUCAGUACCUACUGGACUUCGAAGAGCGCCUUCCCAGCUCAGUCCACGGCUCAGACAGCCUCUCCCUCAACUCCUUCAACUCUGUCACUUCCACCAACCUAGAAUGGGACGACAGCGCCAUCGCCCCAUCUAGUGAGGAUUAUGAUUUUGGAGAUGUGUUUCCAGCGGUGCCGUCUGUCCCCAGCACAGACUGGGAAGAUGGCGACGUGACGGACACCGUCAGUGGGCCCCGCUCCACCGCCUCAGACGUGGCCAGCAGUAAGGCCUCCACCAAGAGCCCCACCCAGCGCCACAACCCCUUCAACGAGGAACAGGCGGAGACUGUGUCCUCCCCAGACACCACUCCCGUACACACCGUCUGCCAGGAACAGGGGGAGGCCCCGGCCCUGGACCUGCUGGACGCCUGCACGGAGCUGGAGGUCAUCAGGGUUACCAAGAAGAAGAAAGCUGGCAAGAAGAAGAAGCCCAGGUCAGAUGAAGAAGCAAGUCCACUACACCCAGCCUCCAGCCAGCAGAAGUGUGCCAGGCAUGGGGACAGUGACAGCCUUGUCAGCAGCCCAGGCCUUGGCCGGGACUCCCCAGACACCACCCUGACCUCCCCGCAGGAGGAGGGAGUGGGGCCUAGCAGCACGGCCGAGAGCAAUGAACACUCAGAGCUCGGCCACAUGGACUUGCUCAUCCCCGAGAUGAAGGACACCUCCAUGGAGCGCCUGGGACAGCCCCUGAGCAAGGUCAUUGACCAGCUCCACGGCCAGCUGGACCCCAGCACCUGGCGCUCCUACGCAGAGCUCCCAGACCAGUCCUUUCGGACCCGCUCUCCCGGGGAGGCCCCGGAGAAGGCAGCAUUUGGCGACCUUAGUGAGGGGCUUCCAGCCCCCAUGGACUUCUACCGCUUUACCGUCGAGAGUCCAAGUGCUGUUACAUCAGGUGGCAGCGACCAUGACACUGCAGGGCCUGGCCAACCGCUGCAUGUUCCUGGUAGCCCUGCGAUUGCUAGCCAAGAAGAAGGAGGAGGAGGAGGAGGAACAGAGGGACAGGCACAAACGGAAGCUCAGCCAGAACCCCAGGAACUGGACACCCAGUCACCCCUGACCAGCGAGGAGCCUGUGCUCCAGCCAGUGUCAGGGACCCAAGAGGCUCUUUGCCAGCUCAAGCGAGACCAGCCCAGCCCGUGUCUGAGCAGCGCUGAGGACUCUGGGGUGGACGAGGGCCAAGGGAGCCCUUCUGAGAUGAUGCAUUCCUCAGAGUUCAGAGUUGACAACAAUCACUUACUCCUGCUGAUGAUCCAUGUGUUUCGAGAAAAUGAAGAGCAACUGUACAAAAUGAUCCGGAUGAGCACGGGCCACAUGGAGGGCAACCUGCAGCUGCUGUACGUGUUGCUCACAGACUGCUACGUCUACCUGCUUCGGAAAGGGGCCACAGAGAAGCCAUACCUGGUGGAAGAGGCCGUUUCUUACAAUGAACUUGACUAUGUGUCGGUCGGUCUCGACCAGCAGACGGUGAGGCUGGUGUGCACCAACCGCAGGAAGCAGUUUCUGCUGGACACAGCUGAUGUGGCCCUGGCUGAGUUCUUCUUGGCUUCUCUGAAGUCGGCCAUGAUCAAAGGCUGCCGGGAACCACCCUACCCCAGCAUCCUGACUGAUGCCACCAUGGAAAAGCUGGCACUGGCUAAAUUUGUGGCCCAGGAAUCCAAGUGUGAGGCCUCCGCAGUGACUGUGCACUUCUACGGGCUCGUGCACUGGGAGGACCCCAUGGAUGAGUGCCUGGGCCCCAUGCCCUGCCACUGCUCACCCCCAGAGGGCGCCAUCACCAAAGAGGGCAUGCUGCACUACAAGGCGGGCACCUCCUACCUGGGCAAGGAGUACUGGAAGACUUGCUUUGUGGUACUCAGCAAUGGGAUCCUCUACCAGUACCCUGAUCGCACGGAUGUCAUCCCCCUGCUCUCCGUGAACAUGGGGGGGGAACAGUGCGGUGGCUGCCGGAGAUCCAACACCACGGAUCGGCCCCACGCCUUCCAGGUCAUUCUUGCCGACCGACCCUGCCUGGAGCUGAGUGCCGACAGCGAGGUUGAGAUGGCCGGCUGGAUGCAGCACCUCUGCCAGGCUGUGUCCAAAGGGGUCAUCCCUCAGGGGCUUGCACCCAGCCCCUGUGUCCCUUGCUGCCUGGUGAUCACUGAGGACCGCCUCUUCACGUGCCACGAGGACUGCCAGACCAGCUUCUUCCGCUCCCUGGGCACAGCCAGGCUGGCAGACGUCAGUGCCGUCUCCACAGAGCCGGGCAAGGAGUACUGUGUCCUGGAGUUCUCUCAGGACGGCCCACAGCUGCUCCCACCCUGGGUCAUCUACCUGAGUUGUACUUCUGAACUGGACCGCUUCCUGGCUGCACUGAGCUCUGGGUGGAAGGCCAUCUACCAGGUGGACCUCCCCCACAAGGCGAUCCACGAAGCCUCCAGCAAGCAGAAGUUCGAGGAUGCCCUUAGCCUCAUCCAUAGCGCGUGGCAGCGGAGCGACAGCCUGUGCCGAGGCCGAGCUUCUCGAGACCCCUGGUGCUGAGGUGGCAGGUGGCAUCCAGGAGGGCGGGGAGGGGCCACAGCUGACCAGCAGACACACUGUUGUGUGUCAUCAUGCUGUUCAGGAGCCCACCCACUCUUGCCCGGGGGCAGACCCACCCACCCCCAAUGUGGCCUGAGACCGAGUCUCUCCACUCCCAGGGAUCCAGAGUGGUGCCCACUGGACAUCAUGUCCGGUGGGCCGCAGCUUGCGGUUGCUGGGGGCAAAGGUCUGAGCCCCGUGGGCUCUGCAGACAUGCUCUGACCACCCUGGGUCCCUGCCUCGGUUCUGGCCAUGGAAAUGAUGCCGUCUAAGGAAGAGGGAAAGAAGCAGGAGGACAGGGGCCCCCUCCUCUCCUGGGUCAGGAGCCUGGGCAGAGGCUCAGGGCCCCCUGGGGGUCCUGAGUGCCCGGCCGUCCUUGUUCGUUUUUGAACACUCUCCCAGCUGUGUAGGGAAGCGGGAACACUAGGUGUCUGCAUGCUUCCUCCUCACCAACCCACCACACGUUGCGGCCUGCCUCUGGAAGGCUGCCCAGAGGCCCUGCAUGCCCAAGGCCCUGCCCUGCCCUGCCUCUCCUCCAUCCUUUGGAGCCUACCUAGGGCCCAGGAGCGAAGUGGGGAGAGGAGAGCAGAGCCACGCUGACAUCUGACUGUCCCUGACCUGGCUGGAGCUGGCCCUUCCUGAGUGCUUUGUCUGAGCCCUUGAGAGCAGGGGGCAGGUGGUCUGGGGUUUGUUUGUUUUUU